UGAUUCUGAUUGAUGCAAUCUUGCUCAUACCACACACAAUAAACACAGGCCACUUAUUUCCUUCUGUCAACUAUAAAAAGAGUCAAACUACUUCUAACUUCCACAAGCUGCAUCCCUGCAAGGUCCUACUAGUCAGUUGACUAUGGAUAACCCAGGCUUUGAGCUGCAAGAAGAUGGUCACUCAAGUAUGGCACCUUCUAAAAUUCCACAGAAGAACGUUUGUCCAUAUCCUUAUUCCUUUGAACAGAAUAAAAAAUCCUCUUGCUCCCUGAUGAAGAUCUUUCUGGUCUGCUUUUUGGCGUGUCUGAUAACCACGGCGAUUGGAGUGUUGAUAUUAUCUUUGGUUUAUGUGGCACAAAUUGGUCCCAAAACUGGCCAAGAUAAAAUGGAUUCCACGGUGGAGGAAAAGCCUUCACAGAAUAAAGCGGAGAGUCGAUUCAGUUUUAUGAAUCAUCUCAGUACAUCCAAGGUUUUUACAUUUGAAGGGGGUGCCAUCCAGUGGGCACGAUUUAGGAACAACCCCAAGGAUUACUCUACUGCAGCAGAAAUGAGGUUUGGAGCUAGUAUCAACAAACAUCAAUCCAAAACGACUUUGGGCACCUUACGGAUCGUAAGCCAAGGACUGAGAGUCCCACACUGGCAUUUUAAUGCAAAUGAACACGGGUACCUGCUCCAGGGUAAAGCAUGGAUUGGGGUUGUAGAUGAAGGGGGGAGUACAGUCACCACGUACAAUGUUACUGCCGGCCAGGUCGUUUUUUUUCCGAAAAACACUCUGCACUGGGUGAAGAGCGUGAGCACCGAAGACUGUCUUUUUGUGCUCUUCUUCACUACUCAUGAUGAACUAAAAACCCUUGAUGUAGAUGAUGCUUUUUUUGGUACACCAGAAGAUAUUGCUUCAAGAUCAUUAAAGCCUGAAGGAGGAGUGCAGUUUAUCAGGACGUUUCGGAAGCCAAUAGAAGAUCAAGCAAUAAACCUCCCUGCCAACCUAAAAGAGCUGAUUAAUAACGCGAGCUAUGAUCAGUCGGCCAACGCUUCUGUCUGGAAGUAUUUCUAUGAUCUGAAAGGCUCCAGAGAAUUUGUCUUCCCAGGGGGCAUCAUUCAGUGGGCACGAUAUCGCAAAAAUGGAGUUGGCUUAAAUGAGAAUGAACGAAUCUACAGUGAAUCUUUAAAUCAGAAUGCCGACACACUCACCCUCGGGACACUACGGAUAUACUCAAAUGGCCUAAGGCAACCGCAUUUUCACUUCAACGCUCAUGAGAUGGGAUAUGUCAUCAGUGGAUGUGGUCAGAUUGGAAUUGUAGGGGAUGAGCCUGUCCCUGAGUUUUCAGUGGGCAUCGGUGAUGUGUUUUUCUUUCCAAUUGGGACACAGCAUUACAUCAAGAGCUCGUGCCUGGAAGAUUUAUUGAUGAUUUUGGCCUUCAGCACUGGAAACCAGCUAAAAACCCUUGAUAUGGAUGAUUAUUUCCAUGCUACCUCUGAUCACAUCCUCGCUCAGCUUUUUCUAAAGAAACAAAAAGAAUUCAAGAAGAUCCCAGUUUUUACAGAGGACCAGGCAGUGAACAUUCCUUAAUUCAAGUUUAGGCGUAUCAUUCACCUUCAUGUUGCCUUUGCUAUAUAACUUAGCAUGCCGCUCUUAUGUCUAUCUCUAGCUAUAUCCAGGACUUCAACUUGGUUAAAGAGACAGGACAUUUUCAUAAAUGCAGGAAGACUCCAAUUUAUGCACAAGGUAGAAGGUUUCUGGACUCUUCAUAAGAUCAGUCUACUUUAUGGAUUAAAAUUUCAAGAUUCUAGUCAUGGGCAUUGUAGUUUUGUAAAUGUCGUUGACUAUCAUAAUAACAUCAAGAUCAAGAUCUGCUUUUGGAAGAGACCAACAAUCAAGCAAAUACUGUUUGGCAAUUGUUUGGCCUUUAAUGGGAUCAGAUUAGGGUCUAUGAAGACUCAUCAGAACUGAGUUGAUCUUCUCUCACUCCCAGCUGCUGGGGCAUCAUCAGACUUCUUUCCAAGAGCAUCAGUGGGGUGACUUUUUGGAGAAACGUAUCUGAGUUUAUUAUACUGACCUGGCCAAAA